GCAUGUUGAGGGAAUAACAGCUUUGGGGCAACACAAAGGGGGCUUUCAGCUUUCGGUUUCUAGGAACUAUAAAGAAAAGGUAUUCCAAGCAGGAGAAGAGCUCCAGUGCAUUUGAAGAUCUGUUUAAAGAUUUGAUUUUCACCUUGCCAGCGUCUCGCAUAAUGGCUGAUGCAAUGAUGGACCAGAUGACGAGACUAAAACUCAAGCUUUUAGAAAAGAGACUGGAGAACGAGAGAGAUAACAUGGAUGAGCGAUCGGAAACAGCAAACUCCACAGCCAGGAGCUAUGAUGGGCAGCAGGAUGCAUUGCACAGUGCUCUGAGAAGAAAGAAGGAUUUGCUCAAGAAGCUGAGGGAGCAGCACAUGCUGGAGGAGAUGAGCCGGCCUCAAACCUGGGGAGGGACUCAGAAGAAGUUCCACAGGCUGGAUUCAGCUCCUGCACACCAGCCCGUAUAUAUCUACCAGCCUCCACCACCACCCCUGCCACCACCACAGCCCCAGCCUCCCCGAAUCAUUCAGCAAAUGGUGCCACAGCAGCCAGCUACAAUCAUCCAGCAGUUACCGCAGCAACAGCCACUGAUAACACAAAUCCCUCCUCCACAGCCCUAUCCUCCAAUCAAAUCCGGCAGCAUCAAAGAAGACAUGGUGGAGUUGAUGCUGAUGCAGAAUGCCCAGAUGCACCAGAUCAUUAUGCACAACAUGAUGCUGAAAGCCAUUCCUCCAAUGGCCCUCUCCCCCCCUGGUACUGGGAACCCCCCUCCCCCUCCUGCUCAACACAGCCAGGACCAUCACUUUGGGGGCCCCAUCAUAGUGAAGUCUGACAAGCCCAGGGGAUCCUCAGUACAUCACCAUCAUCACUACAGCCCACCCGAGCUCCAGGGCCCGCCCCCUCCCGCACAGAUUCCACCCAUUGGCUACCCUAUGUGGCCGCCGAUGAUGCCACAGAAUCCUAUGGGACAGGCAGGUGGCUACCAGCCUGCAGUACACCACAUGACCGGCCCCACAACACUUCCUCCACUGCAUGCAUCUUACAGGUAAAUCUAAAUCUAAAUCACAGCUUGAAACAGAAGAUGGAGUCAGACAUUUACCUGUGCAACCUACAGAAGAUAACCUCAGUAUUCAACACACUAUUCACUGAAGGUCUAAAGAUGUAUAACACAGCCCCUUUAAGGACCUUAAUCUAAACAAAAAUGACUGUUUAAUACAGAAAGUCAUACAAGUGUAUUAUUGUGUUAACAUUUAGCAAGAAUAUGUUUUGCUCAUUUAUUGAUCAUUCAUAUGACUGGGAAGCUGAACAUAAGAACAUAAGAACAUAAGAAAGUUUACAAACGAGAGGAGGCCAUUC